GUGACAAGUCGGUAAAGCGGCCGAUGAUCGCGAUGAUUGAGCACCGUAGCGGAUCUGUCAGAAUCUCACGUGAUAUUAAGUGCCAUGACGUUCGUCGACGCCGCCGGCGGAUCCGGGAGCCGCCAACCAUCAUGGUCCAGAGCAAAGGAUAAGAUCCUGAGAACGAGAGGGGAAACCCGUGAAUACCUCCACAAGCCGUCGGAUUGCUCGAGCACGGUGUGGAGGGGACAGAAGCUUAUCGAUUGGUGGAAGUGUCGUAUGGCUGUUGGCCACGCCCAACGACUAGUCAGUAGCGGUCUUCACAGCGCAACCAAGUGCCAUGUGACUUGCGUGUGUACUUUAAAUACAAUGCAUGAAAAUACUCGCGCAGGUCGGGAAGUAUUAUCGACCUCGAGAUGCAAAGCGGCACACUCCAAUUUUUGGGAGAUAUCUUAAUCCUUAUUCCAAUACGGAUGAACGUCUCUUCUUGCGAAAGAGAUAUCCUUAAGUAACAAUGAUUCGAUCUGCACAGCGUGUGCUUUUGGAAUAAUAUUAUCGUUUCGUAAAUGCUGUAAUAAACAGCUUUUUAUACUACAUAUUAUAAAUACAUUAAUUUCUAGAUUAUUUUAUAUUGAUAAUUUGUGCAAAUCUACUGGAACACAAAAUCUCAAUGACUAUAAUUACAGUCACAAUUAAAUACUAAAAUCUUUUUAUAUCUAAUUAUAAUUAUAAUUUGUACUAUUUCUGCUUAUUAUUAUAACAUAUUAUUUAUCUUGGAAUAUUUCUAAUUUAUUAAAUAUAAAUUAAUUUUUGUGAUAAGUUAUGAAAGCAUUUUCUCUUUCUCUCUCUCUCUCUUAUUACAUCAACACAUUAUAUCAUUAAGAAAGAGGCUAAGCAUAAAUCUUAAAAUAUUGCAAAAGAAAUUUGUUUAAAAGGAAAACACUAAAUUAUAUAUGAAAGACUGUAUAAUGUAUUGAUUAAACAAAAAUAAUAUAACUUUAAAAAUACAAAAAUAUGGGCUAGAGAAAUAAGAUACAGACAUUAGUAAUAAUUGCACAUUGAGAAAACCGUACUUUUAUUAUUCGUAUAAAUAUGGUUUAAAAGACACACAACUAAACUAAAAUAAGGGAUUAUUAAUAAAAAGGUCCCAAUCCAUUACAGGAUAUAUUAUUUAUAUCAUUACCAGAGCAUUGUUUGAUUUUUCUUUUAUUUAAUAAAUUACAACUAAACUAAAGUAAAAGAUUAUUAAUAAAAAGACUUAUAUCUAAAUAUGAUUAAAGAAUAUAUUGUUUAUAUCAUUACUACCAAAACAUUGUUCAAUUUUUCCUUUGUUCCAUAAAUUACAUAAAAUUUAUGCGUGUCGACGAAAAGAUCAAAUAAAUCAAGGUUUAACAAGCAGAGUAACAGAACAAUAGAUCAUUAUUUCAAGCUGAAUAUAUUGUAAAUUUGGUAAAUACUAAAUGACAUGUCUGAUCGCAUCAUGAUAAAUGUCGCAAUUAAUAUAAUUUAUACAAUAAACUAUUUAUAAAAUAUACAAUUUUAUCGCUCGCGCGAACGGAUAUAAUGUUCAAUUGCGUUUUUCAGUAACGUUACCAACGUUAUUAACGUAAAAAUAUUGCUUACGUCAAGACGGCACUUAUUACCAUGAAUAAUGUGCUAUCAUAUUAGUUAACUGCGUGCUGUGCAAAUCCGAGAAUUAUUACAAUGCUCUAACGCAUAUUUGUGAUAGAAUCAUAUAAAUAAAAUGUGU